CAUUUGUUUUGCUUAAAGUAAACGCUAAUUUGCUGAAUAUAUAAGCUUAAACAGUUUUGGGUUUGUAUUGUUGUUGGUUGUAGUAGCUUGAGCAUAAACAGCUUCAAUGUCGCUAUUCGGUACCGGUGCCACUGCUGCUGUAAACACAAAUCCCAAUAAAUCUGUCGAGGUUCAACAACCUCCUUCUGAUUCUGUGUCAAGUCUCUGCUUCAGUCCCAAGGCUAAUCUUCUGGUUGCUAGUUCAUGGGAUAACCAGGUGCGAUGUUGGGAAGUGAUGGGAAGUGGAACCAAUGUUGGAGUUGUACCCAAGGCCUCUAUAUCACAUGAACAGCCGGUUUUAUGCUCAACUUGGAAGGAUGAUGGGACAACUGUCUUCUCUGGAGGUUGUGACAAGCAAGUGAAAAUGUGGCCACUAUCUGGUAGUCAACCGGUAACAGUAGCCAUGCAUGACGCUCCUGUCAAGGAAUUGGCUUGGAUCCCAGAGAUGAGUCUCUUGGUCACAGGAAACUGGGAUAAGACUCUGAGGUACUGGGAUUUGAGACAGUCAAAUCCAGCACAUGUCCAACAACUUCCUGAGCGCUGCUAUGCACUUACAGUGAAACAUCCUUUGAUGGUUGCUGCCACAGCUGAUAGAAAUAUUAUAGUUUUCAAUUUGCAGAAUCCUCAGACUGAAUUCAAGAGAAUUGUCUCACCCUUAAAGUAUCAAACUCGGUGUUUAGCUGCCUUCCCUGAUCAACAAGGUUUCUUGGUUGGCUCUAUUGAAGGACGGGUUGGUGUUCAUCAUCUUGAGGAUUCUCAACAAAGUAAAAACUUCACAUUCAAAUGCCACAGGGAGGGCAACGAAAUUUACUCAGUCAACUCUCUGAACUUCCACCCUACACAUGGAACAUUUGCAACCGCGGGAUCUGAUGGUUCCUUCAACUUUUGGGAUAAAGAUAGCAAACAGAGGCUCAAGGCAAUGUCAAGAUGCAGCCAGCCCAUACCUUGCAGCGCGUUCAACAAUGAUGGCUCAAUCUACGCAUAUGCAGUUUGUUAUGAUUGGAGCAAGGGUGCAGAAAAUCAUAAUCCAUCAACUGCAAAAACAAACAUUUACUUGCACUUCCCACAGGAUUCUGAGGUUAAAGGCAAGCCACGAAUUGGAACUAGCGGUAGAAAGUGAAGUCAGCAGGAAAGCUUCUUGUCACAGUUUCAGAGAAAGUUUGUUUUGUUCUGUACAUGGCUUUUUCUGUCUGCAGUCGUGCAAUUAAUUCGCGGGAGUAGAAGUUUGAGUUUUGAACAGUCAGUAGAUAGUGAUUUGAGUCUGAUAUUCCUUAUUUGUAGGAGCUUGCUUGUGGUGGCAAUACUUGUAAUCUCCUUA